AUGGUACAUUUCGCUGCUCUGGCUUUGGUGCUUGCGCUUCGGGCGGAAGCAGCUCUCACAGCUCUAACGACCAACGGACACAUCACUGGGCAUCCUGCACCUGGACUUGAGGCCGUGACCGAGUAUUUAGGCAUUCCGUACGCCAAACCGCCUACUGGUAACCUUCGAUUCGCGCCUCCACAGCCGUUCGUCGGCACAAAGCCUUACGUGGCUGCCAACUAUGGUUACGGUUGUCCCGAUACGCCUAAUCCAGCUGUUGGGUUUCCAGACUUCACGCCCCAGGCACAACAGGUGAUCAACUACUUCUCUGCCAACAGUGGAGCUUCUCAAAGCGAGGAUUGCUUGACGAUGAACAUAUGGACUGCGGAUAACAGCACCGGAGUGGACUGCGCGAACCUACCUGUUAUGGUCUUUCUCUAUGGAGGUCGCUUCACUUACGGGGCCUCCAACUCGACCUUCUUCAAUGGAGCUCGAUUAGCCAACGCAGAGAACGUCGUCGUUGUGACUGUGAAUUAUCGACUGAACGUUUUCGGUUUCCCAAACGCCCCGAAUAUUACCCAGAACGCUGGUCUGCGAGACCAACGUUUGGCGGUCGAAUGGCUAGCAGUUAACGUGGCGGCUUUUGGAGGUGAUCGUCGACGUAUAACGCUCUUCGGUCAAUCGGCUGGCGGUGUCUCCAUCGACUAUUGGGCCUACGCCUACCGCAAGCUUCCCCUUGUGGCCGGGUUGAUCUCUGAGAGUGGCAACGCAUUAAGCUUUCCUCUUAACACCGCAAAUCAAUCGCUCAGCAACUGGUACAACGUAACGAAGACUCUAGGCUGUGGAGCAGAUGCCUCCACUUUCGCUUGUAUGCUUACGAAGAACUGGACCGACAUCAAAGCCGCGGCAGCGAAAGCACCAUCUGCAUCGUCUGGAAACCCGCUGAGGAGCAUUCCUGCUUUUUACCCUUCAGCUGACAACGAUACGGUAUUUCCGAACUACACGGCUCUGUCUGAGGCUGGUGCAUUUGCUAAGCUAUUACGCAUGAUUGGUUCUCUGACAUACGCAGGAUAUUAUGCGCUCCCAAGCUUUAAAAAGAACGUCACAGUCACCAUCGCACAAGGCGAUUCCUUUCUUCUGAACUCCUUCACCUGUCCGAACGAGUUCCAAGCUGCGAACCGCGCCGCGCAUGGUGUCUCAGUCUGGCUAUACCGCUACUUCGGCGACUGGCCGAAUAUCAAUCUCUACCCUGCCAAUAACGACUACCCGGGUCAAGUCGUCUCCCAAGGUAGUGGAGCAUACCACGGUACUGAACUGGAGAUGGUAUUUGGGAACCCAGAUCUCGUAUCUAAUCUACCGAACACUUCGAAUGAGAGCAAGAUGAUCAAGCUUAUGCAAGGAGCAUGGGCGGCUUUUGCUAGGAACCCUGCAAGUGGGUUAGCAACUUAUGGAUGGCCGCAGUAUAAGCCUGGGACGAAUUCGCUUAUCCUGUUAGCCAAGAACAACACUCCUACUGCCGAAGCAGUUGAUCCCAGCUUGUACUUUGCGGAUUGUGCUGGCUAUGUGCCUUCUUCGUAG